AUGGAAAUAAUCAAAAUAGGUUCAAUUGUGAGUAUUUCUCAUUUGUAGGAUGAUGAUGCAUUAAUAGGUGGAGAUGGGUUUAUAAAAAAGUAUUAAGAAAUGAAUAAUGUAGUGCUGUAAUUCUUAAAGGGAUGUCACAUUAGAAUAAAUUAGACACUAAGGAUUUCAACAUAAGCUAUUUUAGUCAAAUGAAGUAAAAAAGGUUGUUAUAAUAGCAUGCCAAAUUGCUUAUUUGUAAUUUGUCCAAGGACAUCAAAUGGCAAGAAAGUCGAAGCUGCUAAACUCUUUCCAUAAAGAAAAAAGAAACCUUUUGGAUCAAUUAGCGAUGAUGUAACUGAUUAAAAAAGUGAAGUUACACCUGUGAAGUCCUAAGUAUUUAAAUGCUAUAUCUGUUAUGUAGAUUAAAUCAGCCACUCAUUCGGUACAACCAUUAUUGAGUGAAAAGUAGGUGAGAGAUAAUCAAAUGAAUUUGUUCAAUGAAUUUAAAUUCAAUGUGGAUGGUUUUGAGAAAGAGAAAGGCAAUUAUGUUAAAUAUGAAGAACCAAUAUAACUCUUACACUUGGCUUCAUCUAAAUGGCUUUGUUCUUUAUCGGAUGAGGCUAAAUUUGAAAAUUAAAACUUUAAGCUUGCAUUAAGUGAUUAUACAAGUGAUGAAACUCUAUUCAAAAUAGUGGCUACUUAUAAAUAUUAAAAGGAAGGAGAUUAAAUAGUGUACUCGUAAGAAAUUGUCAGAAUUAUGCGUAUGAUACCUUUUCUUGGGAAACCGACAUUUUUACAUUGUUCAGGUGAGAUUCCAUAGAAGGCAAUCAAAGAAUAUAAGGAUAGUAGCGAAGUGAAGAUCUAAAAGAGAGAAAUUAAUGCAUCACUAGAAGAAUCAACAUCUUGGAAAAUUAAUCUAUUUGCUGAAGAAUUACCAAUAGAUGGUGAUUUGGUAUGGAUUCAUCAUUCAGAAACAUGUUCAUAAUUGGCUGUUGAUUAUGAAAGAGAUCUCAACAAAGCUAAAAUAUCUGUGUUUUAAACUGAUUUAAGUGAGUUAUCAUUUGACAACUAUAGUGGUAAUGCAUAUUCAUUGUGGAUAAUUGAAGAUGAAGAUUAUAAAAGAGGAGGCCCCUACUUAUAUUCUAAUAAUUAUAGAUUAAAGCAUUUCCACACUGGAUUAUAUUUAGCAUGUGUAAGGGUUGUUCCUAAAGAAUAAGAAGAUAUUAAAAUUGAUCCGUAUGGGAAAAAGAAAGUCAUCAUACCAAUGAGUAAAAAAGUGCCAGCCACGUUUGCCUUAUAAGUUCGGCCCAAUAAUGAUGCCUUAUUUAAAUUUGAACCCUUAAAAUCUGUAGAAAAGAAUGAGAUUUAAUCUGAUUUUCUUUAAAUUAAAAGUGUAACUUAGGGAAAAUACCUUGAUGUUAUAAGUAAAUACCAUCAGGAUGGCAGCACCUUUAAACCAAUUAUUUUAAAUCAAAAAAAUGAACAUGCUGUUUUUAAAUUAUUCAGAGCUAAUAAACAAGAAACUUAAGAAGUACUAUUUUUAGAUUCAUGUACAAAAUAAUUAAGAAAGUAUCAAUUUUACAUCAAUUUACCCUUUAAGUUCGAAUAAAAUUAAGUCUUCUAAUAAUUAUCUGAUGAUGUAGAUCUCUUAAAAAUUAAGACUAAAAAGUUAGCUACUACUUAAAGGUGCAUUCAAAAUUUAGAUGACUUUCUCAGAUAAAAAAUAUAUAACUCUAGUCCAUCCCAAAAAUAUGGGUUUAUAUCUUCCAAAAGGCAGAAACUCUUAAAGGAUUAACAUUUCUUUGAUGUCUUAUUGCAGAUUCUGACAGCCACAGUUACAAAACAGGAAUUAGAGGCUUGGGCAAACAAGAAAGGAGCUCUCAAGGCAAUGGAGUAACCUUCUAUGACUGAGAAAAACUAAAGAAAGCAAUUGUAAAGCAUAUCUGAAAAGGAGAAAUUAGAACUAUCUAAUUCAAAGAUUGAAGUUUGCAAUUAGAUAUUUAUGCUACUCCAAACUAGUGUUAUUAAUAAUACAAGCAAUUAACUUUAUUUAUUUGAACGAUUACCCGAUUAUUAGCAUUAUUGCAAAUAUCUUCCAUAAACUAUCAAUUUUUUAAUUGAAAUGGUUAAAAAUAAUGAGAAAAUCUUAAUCAACUUAUGCAACAACUUAAAAAUUGAAUUUGAUUACAUAAAAAAACAAGAAAUUGAAGAUGAUCUAAAAAAUAAAGUAAAGGUCUUAAUCAAUUUCUAUGAAAAAGAUGUUGGAAUAUAACAGGAAGUUUCAAUUCCUGUUAAAGUACAUGAUCGUAUUAUUACCAGACCUAUCAAUAUUAUAUAAUAUUUUUUCAAUCUGAUUAUUGAUGAUACUGCUAAGAAUAAUGAACAUUAUUUGAGAUUUCUGAGACACUUAUGUAGAUAUAAGAAUAAUGCCAUUAGUAUCAAUUAAGAGAAUUUGUUCAAAUUGUAUAAGAAAUACAGCAAGCAAACCAAAUUGUUGCAUAUUGAAACUAAUAAUGGAUGUAUUAUAGACAAAGAGAUCUCCUUCUAAUAUGAAUUAUUGUAAUUCUUUUCGGAGGUUUCUUAUGGAAGAAACUAUUUAUGGUAAGCAGAAUUAAGCCCAUUGUUUGAAAAGGAGAUCUUAAUAAAUUAAAUUUGGAAUCCAAAUUAGAUUGAGGGAAGUCAAAUAGAUGAUAAAUUAAGAUCAUAUUGGUGUAGAUUAAGUAGAACCCUAUAUGUUGAUUAAUAACCUUUUCAAUACUUAAUCGUUCCUAAUUAUUGUAGGUUGUAUUCCCCUUAUUAAGAUCAAUUAAAAAACAGGAAUGAUGAGGAAAUUGAGAAGCAAUUCAAAUUGAAAAAGAUGUUUAAAUACAUAAAAACUAAAAGAAGCGAAGUCUAUUCGGCAAUAGCCAGUCGUGCAUCUAGUGAUUUAUUAAAUGAUGAGUUAGUCUAUAAUGCAGCUGAUCAAAUCUUAACUAUGUUAUAAUUAGACAUCAUGCCCAGUAAGUAUUAUAACAAAAUCAUUAAAUAUAUGUCAGAGAUGUUCAUUUAUGAUAGAAAGAAUCUUGAUUAUUUGAAUGCAGCAGUCAAAAGCUAUUAACAAAUUGUUAAUGAGAGGAGGAAUAAAAAAAGUAUAGUAAUAAAUUAAUUUGGAAAUGUAUUUAGUGGAGUGAAGGAUCUCAUUUAACUUAAUCAAGAAGAUAAGGAAGAAGUUGGAGAGGAGGAGGAAGAGGAGGAAAUCAAUUUAUAUGAUUAACCUAAAUUGUUUUUGAAUCCAAUAAUGAAAGGGUUCAUGUCAAUGAGCAAUCAAUUAGAAGGGAUGAUUACUUUACCUAAAUCAUAGUAAGAAAUUGAAUUUAAAUUGAAAGUGUGUUCAAUUCUUGAUCAUUUCUUAGAUCGAAGACAGAACUUCCUUAUUUCUAACAUUCUACUGUUCUUCUUAAAAUAUUAAUAUACAAAUGACGAUUUGUCAGAUGAAGAUGAUGAUUAAACUAUUAAGGCUGCGCCUAAGAUAUUUAAUAAUAACUAUAAAACAUUGAUUCCGACUAUUGCUAGAACUGGAAUCGAUGAGAUUGAUGAGCCAGAAGAUACAACUUAGGAUUUCCUAUAGAUGGCAGUGAAGAAGCCACCUACAUUUACAAAUUACUUUUAAUAAUAUAGUAUCAAAUCCGAAGAGGAAUUCUAAGAAUUAGAUUAUUAUUUAAGUUAAGCAUAGAAGUUUGAUAAUAAUUAGAGAUUGAGUGAAGAUCAAUUAAAGGAGAAACAAGUGGCAAGUUUAUUACCGUAUUUGAUGUCUACUUACUUUUUGGUUAAAGAUUAGGUCUUGGAGGAAAGGUGUCUAAACGUAAUUAUGAGAGUUUUCAAUUAAAGAGAAGAAUUACGAGAAAAUAUGAAAAAACUAUAAAUCUUAUUUGAUGAUGAUAAUAUUAAGAUUUAUGAGUUUGUUGAACAUCAUUAAAGGGAUUUAAGAGUAAUGGUGGAAAAGACAGAAAUAUGGUUAACUUAAUUUAAGGCAGGAUAUGAUGUUGAAGAACUAGAUAAAUGCACUCAAAAUAUCAGACAAUUAACCUUAUGUAUGAGAUAAGGAGUUUAAAUCAAUGACUAAGAGCUAGUCGUAGAAGUAGUCAAUAAAGAGAUUUAUGAAUCGGAAAAGUAAUCAGUUAUGACCUAUUUAAAUAUUCAUGAAAUAAUUGUAAAUCUAAUUUAAAAUGGUAUGGCUCAUUUCAUUUAAGUGUUGAAUGAUGAAUUCAUUAAUAUAUAAAGAAAAGAACAGUUAUUACAACUAUUUUCAAUUGCAUUUAAAUUCCUCAUUUGCUAUUGUACAAACAACAAGGGAAAUUAGUUAAUCCUCUAUCAAUAUUUAGAAAUAUAUUUAUAGUAUAUAUAGUAUGAUAUAGGAUAAUGCAAACUUUUAAUUGAAAUUUUCAAAGACAAUCCAAGACUUUUAAAUACUGGAGUUAAAUCACUGGUUUCACGUUUGACUGAAAUAAUAGAAAGAGAAGGCAGACAGGUUAAAUUCAUCGAAAUGUAAGUAAUAUGAUAUUAAUUUUAGAUUUAUAAAUUUAAUUAGUAUUGGAGGAUAAUAUUUACUAGAAAAUCAAAUUUUAAUAUUAAAUACAUUCUUGCCAAUGAGAGAAUUGAAAGAAACUGAAUAAAGAUUAUUGUAUGCAGAGGGUAGUUAGCAAAAGGAUCUUCGAUUUUAUUUUGAGGAUCAAUUUUUAGAUUCUGAAGAGAACUUACUACACUAAUUGGAAGCAAUCGAUUGGAAAGAUUGUUAUAGAGAUGAACCAUUUUUAUAUCAUUCCAAAAUUCUAGACUUGCUAUUGUAAACUUCUUUGAUUGAUAAUACUGUAAGAGAAUAUAAUCCUUCGCUCAUGCCUACAGAUUAUUUUAAUAUUAGUGUUUUUAAAUUAAAAAAACUGAUCAAACCAAAUUAUCUCUUAGAAAUUUUAAGAUUGGACGAUGAUAUGGUAUCAAUUAAACAAAGAUUAACAAGAAUGCCAACUCAAUUUAUUAAGGCUUAAGUUAAUUAAUAGCAAGAUGAAUUAUUUAAUAAAAGAAAGGGUUACUCUUCAUUAAAACCUAUUGUUUGUGAGUUCCUGAGGUUGGUACAUAUUGUGAGUGAAAAAAAUAAUGCAUAAGAAGGAUUACUAUCCUAAUCAAGUAGACAAUUUAUACAUUUUGUUGAAUUUGAAAGUAAAAAAUUAGAGGUUGUUGCUGCUGGAACAGAUUAUUAAAAUUGCUAUAUAGAUUAUAUUAUUGGAUAAGUUAUUCCACUAAUUUUAUGUUAUCACCAGAGAGUACUGAGUGUUUAAUAAGAAGAUGUAAAAACUGCAUUAAUUGAAUUUUCUAGUCAGUUUGCAUAAGCUCUUUGCUCAACUUUCUAUUCAAAGUUGACAAAGUAUGAAGAGCUAGUAAUAAUUACAAAAUUGAGAGAAUAUUAUUAAAAUGAGUACUAUGAACCUGCCUUUAGAUAGGAAGGAGAAUAAUCAAUAUUACAUUUAUACCAUGUUUAAUUUUAGUUAUAAGAUGGUGAUGAUUUAUCGAAACCAAUUUAAGAAUAACUGGUAUAAUCAAUUCCUAAGAAAUCUUAGACCAAAUCUAAGAAUUUAUUAAGUCAAUUUGCCUCUUUGAAUUUGUCUUUGGUGAACAAUAAAACAAGUAAGCACAAAAGAGGGGAAUUAACUCCAAUAAAGUUGUAGGAGUAAUGGAAGAAAUUUGUCGAGGAGAUGUUUAGAUCAUAGAAGUUAGAAGAAGAAAUAGAUAUUGAAAAGUAAGCAUUGGCAGAUGCAAUCAUAGGAAUAGAAAAGCUAAUUAAGGAACCUUGUGAAAUUAAACCAUCUUUGGAAUCAGUUUUGAAGAAAUUUAUUACAUUUCUGUAGACUGCUGUAUUGCAAUAGGAUAAUAAAGGGACGAUUGUGAUACUCUUAAAGAUUAUGUCAAAGAUCAUUGAGAAGCAGGAUUCAGAUGAAAAGAAAGAAUACUAUUAGAAAUUAUUUGAUAAUUUAGGAGCAACAAGAAUGGUACUCAAUGUUAUCACCGAUUAUUCAAAAUUACUAAGUAAUGAAAUGCUAUUUUAUUUGAUUUCGUUUAUCAAUGUACUUCUAAGAAAUGGAAAUACUUAAGUGCAGAGCACAAUUUAUACAUUUUGUCAGACUCAAUAGAAAAGUGAAGUGAUGUUCUCAACAUUUGCUAAAUAUCUUGAAAUAGCUGCUACUUCUGGAAGAGACAUGAAUGAAGAUUAAGAGGAAGCUGAAAUUUAAAAGAAGAUAGUAAAUUGUAUCUUGAAGUUCUUUUAAAAUUGUACUGAGGGACAUUAUUAAAAUAUGUAGAAUUACAUAAGAUAUUAACAUAAUUCGAGAGCAUCUAAGGAUCUAAUCAAUUUGGUGGCAGAUUUAUUUAAAAAUUAUGAUAGGACUAAAUAGAAUUUCAGCAAUUUAAUAUGUUGUUUGGAUACACUAAAUGAAUUAGUUUAAGGUCCUUGUUCAGAAAAUCAAAUAGCAGUGGCAGACUCUAAAUUCUUUGAUGUUGUUUAAGAAAUGUUCCCUUUAAGAAAAAAUGCGGCAAUUUAAUAAAAAGCAAUAAAAGUUGCUGCUACGAAAAGGAUCAGUGUGUUGCCUUCCUCAUCUGCUUCUAAUCUACUAUCGAGAGGAAUGAAAGCAUAAUUACAAAAUAAGAUUUUGAUAUUGGUGCUAUCAUUGUUGGAGAAUAGAGAAAUCAGAGGAAAGAAUUCUAUCAUAAAAAGAAUUAUGAGAGUAUUGCCAAUGAAUGUUUUGGAACGACAUUUGAGUAAGAUUUAUAAGAAAUGGUUCAAUAAAUAUACAGGGGAUUAUAAUAUGCAGGCAUUUGACUUACUGAAGAUUGAUGCAAUGGACUUGGAUGAAGAAAGUUAGGAAUUCAAGGAUUGUGAAAUUAUCAUAUAGAAUGGUUUCUAUAUUAUGUUUUUGAUUUGCUAUUAUAUGGAGAGUGAUGAAGAGAUCGAUUCAGUCUUUAUGGGAUAUAACAAAUAAUAUUUGAAGAGUUAAAUUUAAUAAAAUUCGUUGUUUGAUCCCAAUUCUACAUUGGGUUAGUUGUUUGCUUUGGGCAUGGAAGUGUAUGAAAUGUCCUUGUUGAAAACCCAAUAGAUGUUUAAUGAAUUGAACAAGGCUAGAAAGGAUGAUCCAGAAUUCAUCUUGGAAUAGAUGAAGCGUAAAUAAGAGGAAAAGAAGAAGAGGUUGAAGAAAGCAUUUAUGUUCUUUCGAGCUAGAACAGCUCAUAUAGAAGUAGUUAGAGAUGAUCAAAUAGAAUUAGUGUUCUUUCCAUUACUACCAUUCAGUAAAUUGAAUAAGGAUGAGAAACAGUCUUUUCAAUAGACAGUUGAUCGUUCUUCUGCUAAAUCUAAGGUUCAGGAUCUCAUGGAAAAGAGUCCUGAAUUAAUCUAAAUCAUGAGACAUGAGGAAGAAAUGAACAGAUUCUAUAAGCAAUAUAAGAUCAUUGGAUUCUUUGCCAAUUACAUCCAAUUAUGGAAGGACCUAGCUUUCUAUUUGACUCUGAUAAUCAACAUUAUGAUCAUAGCUUCCUUUUCUCAUCAAUCGGACCCAGACAGACCAAAAGAGGAUGUAAGUAAUGAGGCUUUGAAUUAAUAUGUAUUCUUUAGGAAAGAUGAAUGGACUUAAGAAUAAACUAAAGAAUUGAUUAGUGCAUUAGGAUAUGCUAUGAUGGUUUGUUCUUUAUUUGUAGUGUUGUUUGUCUUAGCCAGAAUAGCACCACUUAUUAUUAAAAAAGCACUUUAAAGAAAACCUUUAAUAGAGGGACAAGGCAUGAUAAAGUUACUAAUAAAUUGGUUGGCUAAAUUCUUUUUUGUGCUCUUUUAUUGUUUACAAGAUUUCCAAUUGGUUUACUAUUUAGGAUAUGGAGCAUUAUCUGUAAUUGGUACUUUAGUUCAUCCCUUCUUCUUUUGUUUCCAUCUUACAGUCAUACUAAUAAGAUACCCUACUUUAAGUAAUGUUGUUAGAGCAGUGACGAUGCCUUGGUAACAAUUAGUACUUACUCUAUUGCUAAUCAUAAUAAUUACUUAUAUUUUUACACUCAUUGCUUUUUAUGCUUUACAAGAUCCCUUUGGAUUGGAUUGUAAGGAAGUAAGCAUCUGCUUCUUAUAAAUAUUUGAUAAGAAUUUCAAAACCCCUGGAGGUAUAGGAGGUGAUAUAACAAAUAAUAAUCCAUCUCCUACUUAUGAGAUUUUUAGAUACAUUUAUGAUCAAGUUAAUAAUCUGUUAUUGGUUAUUAUUAUGGUAAGUAUUGCAUCAGGUAUUAUUAUUGAUACCUUUGGUUAAUUAAGAGAGGAUGAAAACAAGAUGAAUAGCGAUAUAAAAGAUAAGUGUUUCAUAUGUGGUUAAGAAAAGUAAUUAUUCAUUAAUAUUUAAUUUAGUAUCAUAUUUGAAAGAAGUUCUGAUGGUUCAUCUGGUGGAUUUAAGAAUCAUAUAAGACAGAAUCAUUAUAUGUGGAAUUACUUAUAUUGUAACAUUCUAUUUAUUACUCUUAUUAGAUAUUGCUUAUCUAUAAUGGAAAGACUCAUAAGACUAUUCAGGAAUAGAAUCGUAUGUGGAUAAAAAAAUAAAAGAUACAGAUUUGAGCUGGAUUCCGUUUGGAAGAGCACGAGAAUUAGACAAAGGAGAGGAUGAACAAGAAAAGUAGAUUAAAUAGAUGGAACAAUCCUCUAGCAAUAUAGCAUCUUUGUUGACUCAUACAAAUGAUAUAAUUUAAGCACUCAAAGAGAAGAAAGAAAAAAGAAAACAACAUUUUACUCAGUAAAUUCAAACAACACAAUAAAAGGAGUAAAUUGUAUCCCAAUCAUCAAUAGCUUUAUUAUGA